UGACGAUUGACGGGAGACCAUCAGCUCAGUGGCCGUUGAUGGACCAUCCCUAUGAAGAAACAGGGUUACAAUGGGACAGAGUACCUCGGAACAAGAGGUCCAAGGAGACACCCCCGAGGACGGGUUUAAUAACAUCAAGACAUUUGUGGAGGAGGAACUACAGACGAGCAUGAUGGUGGGGAUGGUGAUUGGUGCAGGCAUCGCCAUAGUUCUCAUCGCCAUCCUCAUCUUCUUUAUCUUGCGGAGGAUCCAGCUUCGAAACCUAGAAGCUCAGGAGGCACCCAAGUACCGCUUCCGCAAGAGGGACAAAGUCAUGUUCUAUGGGCGAAAGAUCAUGCGUAAAGUCUCCCAGUCUACCUCUUCCCUGGUGGGUACAUCCUCUUCCUCUCGACCACGCCUCAAGAAGAAGCAGAAGAUGCUCAACAUUGCCAAAAAGAUCCUGCGCUUUAAGAAGGAGGUGCCCACCCUUCAGGCUAAGGAGCCCCCUCCCUCAGUGCUGGAGGCGGACCUCACCGAAUUUGAUGUGGCCAACUCCCACCUCCCCUCUGAGGUGCUCUACAUGCUCAAAAAUGUUCGUGUACUGGGUCACUUUGAGAAGCCUCUCUUCCUUGAGCUGUGUAAACACAUGGUGUUUCUGCAGUUCCAACAAGGGGAGUACGUCUUCAGGCCUGGCCAGCCUGACAGCAGCAUCUACGUGGUUCAGGAUGGAAAACUAGAAUUGUGCCUUACUGGAAUGGAUGGCAAAGAAAGUGUGGUGAAGGAGGUUUACCCUGGAGACAGCGUCCACAGCCUCCUCAGCAUCCUGGAUGUCAUCACAGGCCACCAGAAGCCUUACAGAACGGUGUCAGCACGGGCUGCAGAGGUUUCCACUGUUCUCCGAUUACCUGUAGAGGCCUUCCUCUCUAUAUUUGAGAAGUACCCUGAGAGCCUGGUGCGAGUCGUACAGAUUAUCAUGGUUCGUCUCCAAAGAGUAACAGUCCUAGCCCUGCACAACUAUCUGGGACUCACCAAUGAGCUCUUCAGCCAUGAAAUGCAGCCCUCGCGUCUGCCACCUCAGUCACCCCACCCAACUCGCACCAGUCCCAUCCGCCAUGGCAAGCGCUUUGGCAGCCUGACAGUGCCUGAGGAGCAUCGGGAAGCUGCCAUUAAGGGUGAAGCUACAGGAGGAGAACAAGGGAAGGAGGGAGCAACAGUGCCAACUCUGAGUAGGACUAUCUCCAUGCCUGUGGACAUUGCUGGUAUACAGAAAGGUCUGAGAUCAGACUUUGACAUGGCGUAUGAAAGGGGGCGGAUCUCUGUCUCUGCAGAAGAUGGCAACACUCCUCCCAACUUUACUCGGUCCGUGUCCCAGGACCAGCGGGAGAGGAGGGUGACAGUAGAUGAGGUUCCCUCAGGGAUCUACCUGUAUCCAGAAGAAGAGCCAGGAGUGGACAAUAUUUUUACACCUGUAUCCAGUCGAUCCAGUGCUGCGCUGUUCGAAGAAGCUCAGAAAGAGGUCCUCAAACUCAUGAGGAUUGAGGACCCAUCUUUGUUGAAUGGGAGAGUGACUCUGCACCACGCCAAAGCUGGAGCUGUCUUAGCCAGACAGGGAGACCAGGACGUGAGUCUGCACUUUGUCCUGUCUGGUUGUCUGCAUGUCUACCAGCGGAUGAUCAACAAGCAGGAAGCUGUCUGCUUGUUUGUGACCCACCCAGGGGAGAUGGUUGGCCAACUCGCUGUUCUUACUGGAGAACCCCUGAUCUUCACCAUCAAGGCCGUCCGAGACUGUACUUACCUCAAGAUCUCAAAGUCGGAUUUCUACGAGAUCAUGAGGGAACAGCCCAGUGUGGUGCUGAGUGCAGCCCACACAGUGGCCAUCCGCAUGUCCCCAUUUGUCAGGCAGAUGGAUUUUGCUAUUGACUGGAUGGCUGUGGAGGCUGGCAGAGCCCUCUAUAGACAGGACGAUCAGUCAGACUGCACCUAUAUUGUUCUGAAUGGACGUCUGCGUUCAGUCAUCCGCAAGGCAAAUGGCAAGAAAGAACUAGUUGGGGAAUAUGGCAGAGGAGACCUCAUUGGUGUGGUGGAGGCUUUGACCAGGCAGCCAAGAGCCACCACUGUCCAUGCUGUGAGAGACACAGAGCUGGUCAAACUGCCAGAGGGAACACUCAACAACAUCAAAAGACGAUACCCACAGGUGGUGACGAGGUUGAUCCACUUGUUAGGCCAGAAGAUUCUAGGCAACUUGCAGCAAGGUCGCGGACCAUUCUCAGGCUCAGCCCUGAGUCUGCCCAGUAUGACAACUAGUGCUGAUGUAACCAACCCUGCCAGCAACCUCUCCACUGUGGCUGUGCUGCCUGUAUGUGAUGAGGUGCCAAUCAAUGCGUUCAACUUGGAGCUCAGCCAUGCCCUCAGUGCCAUUGGGCCCACUCUGCUAUUAACCAGUGACAUAAUCAGAGAGCGACUGGGUGCUUCUGCUUUGGACAGUAUCCAUGAGUACCGUCUGUCCGGCUGGCUGGCACAGCAGGAGGACAUCAAUCGGAUUGUCCUGUAUCAGACUGACAACAGCAUGACCCCGUGGACUCAGCGCUGCAUCCGCCAGGCUGACUGCAUCCUCAUUGUUGGCCUAGGGGACCAGGAACCUACCUUGGGAGAGUUGGAGCAGAUGCUGGAGAACACAGCAGUCCGGGCUCUGAAGCAGCUGGUCCUUCUGCACAGAGAGGAUGGGCCAGGCCCCUCCAGGACGGUUGAGUGGCUCAACAUGCGUAGUUGGUGCUCUGGGCAUCUGCACCUCAAGUGUCCUCGCAGGGUCUUCUCUAGACGCAGUCCCAGCAAACUGAGGGAGGUGUAUGAAAAGGUGUUUGAGAAAACAGCAGACAGGCACAGUGAUUUCUCUCGGCUGGCCCGAGUCCUGACUGGAAACAGCAUCGCCCUGGUGCUGGGAGGAGGUGGAGCUAGAGGCUGCUCCCAUGUGGGUGUGAUCAAAGCCAUGGAGGAAGCGGGGAUUCCUAUUGACAUAGUGGGUGGGACCUCAAUUGGCUCAUUCAUUGGUGCACUGUACGCUGAGGAGAGGAGUGCUGUCAGAACCAAACAGAGAGCUAGAGAGUGGUCAAAGGCCAUGAACUCAGUUUUUAAAACAGUCCUGGACCUGACUUAUCCCAUCACCUCCAUGUUCUCCGGCUCUGCCUUCAACACCAGCAUCUAUAAAGUGUUCCAGGACAAGCAAGCUGAGGACCUGUGGCUGCCAUACUUCAACGUCACUACUGAUAUCACAGCCUCAGCCAUGCGUGUUCAUCAGGAUGGCUCUCUGUGGCGCUAUGUGCGGGCGAGCAUGACCCUCUCAGGGUACCUGCCGCCACUCUGUGACCCCAAAGAUGGCAACUUGCUAAUGGACGGUGGCUACAUCAACAACCUGCCAGCGGACAUUGCGAGGAACAUGGGCGCCAGAACUGUCAUUGCCAUCGACGUUGGAAGCCAAGAUGAGACUGACCUCUGUAACUACGGCGACUGCCUGUCUGGCUGGUGGUUGCUGUGGAAACGGAUCAAUCCUUGGGCAGAGAAAGUAAAGGUGCCAGACAUGGCAGAGAUCCAGUCUCGGCUUGCAUACGUGUCUUGUGUGCGGCAGUUAGAGGUGGUGAAGAAGAGUGCCUACUGCGAGUACAUCAGACCACCAAUCGAUCGCUUCAAGACAAUGGACUUUGGGAAGUUUGACGAGAUCUAUGAUGUGGGCUUCCAGCAUGGCAAGUUGGUGUUUACUGGCUGGGCCCGAGGUGACAUCAUCGAGAACAUGCUGAAGGACCACCGUUCAGCCGACUACAAUGACAGCAAGAGAACUGACUCCUGCACGUGUCCAGGAGCUGAUUUCACUGACCUCGCGGAGAUUGUUUCCAGGAUAGAGCCAGUCCAGACCUAUGUAGCAGCAGAUGCAGAGGAGUCAGACUGUCUGACAGAGUAUGAGGAAGAUGGGAUGGACACAGUGAGAGAGGAAGAGGGGGAGGAAGAGGAGGAAGAGGCCGAGGACCCUGACGACCACUCCCCUGGAGAGUGGGGGCAGAAUGGAAUCUUCCAGACUGAUGAGGAGAAAUCUGUGAGGCAACGGAGGAAACUCACGAGUGACUCCAACACCUCUGAAGUCUCCGACUGCUGACAGAGGGCCUCACUGAGAAGUAGAGGGAGUUUAAGCAAGAACAAGGGUCCAAAAUUACAGGUCCAUAAAUUAGUCAAGGCUAGAGACGUGGACGUCAUACUAAGCUCCUGCAAUGUCUGAAACUCUGAAAUACUGUUUUUGUUUUUUUCUGGAGGGGAUUACAGUUCGUCCUCUAAACUGUUGAACCUUCCUUGCAUCAAGUGGCUUCCUCCUCGCUCUCACACUGGCUUCAUCUGUUGACAUUCUGACAUCACUGUCAAAAAUGAUUAUGUGCGGCCCCAAAUAAGAACGGUCUUCGAAGGUUUACGCCACUCAGUGUUUUUCUCAUCACUUCUGCAUCAGUCUGAUUCGUUGCCAGAAUACCUGCCUGCCAACUCCAAAACCUGCCAAAACCAGGUCUCCCCUAGCAACCAACACAACAAAACAUGUAAACUGUAAACUUCCAAUUCGCCAAUUCAAAUCACCUGCAUCUGCAUCUGCAUGUACGUCUCUGUACGUACAGCUCUGUUGCACUCCAUCACAGACAUUUUGACACAUUGCGGUCCAUUCAUUUCUUGCGUGGGCUUGUUUGCGCGAGUGUGUGUGUGUGUGUGUGUGUGUGUGUGUUUGUAUUGCCUGUGUGACUGCACACACGUGCAAAGCUGUGAUUUGUUGAAAUAGUAGCAGUACACUGAAAAGAAAAGUAAGAAAUACAGACAGUAGAACUGUAGUUAGUAGGUUAGCUAAGUUUAAAGUAGAUGUGAAGUAGGGAAGCUAUAGGAGGAACAGAUGUUCAUGUAGGCACCAAAGUAGAGUUUAUGUUGAAUGAACAGAGGCUGGACCAAUGUCAGGAAUCAGGAAUAAGGAUGUAUUAAUAUUGAAAGAGGAAGACGUAUUAAUGAAUACUGUGGUAAGUUUUGAAAAGUGGAUUUAAGAAAAUAAAGAGACAAGGUGUGUAGACAAGAAAAGAGAUGGACCCAUCAGCCAAGUGUUAUUUUAGUUUGUUUAAAAUUCACACAAAGUACAGUAGAGUGAGCUUGAUGCGCUGUAGGUAGACUAAACUGAACGGGGGAUUGAGAGGAUGUGUAAUGGAAAUGAGGGAUGAAUGAGAUGAUUUUCAGUGAGUGGAUGACAUGGAGUCUGCGUUCUUGAAAUUUUGUGUUUCAGCUGUUUUUUUUGAGAUGAUGCCAGAUAAAGACGAUGCCUUUUUCAACCAGUUUUCGAUCCACUCACAGUAAACCGUGACUGUGGGGAAGAGAGUGAUCAUUCGACUGACACUACACAACAAACCUGUGUGUGCCCGUCUUCGUUUGCACAAGGUCACACACAGUACUCAGGGUUCCUGCGUAUAACUCCACAAAAAAAGUUUUAAAAAGAAGUUGGUAGUAGACAAUAUUGUGUAUAUGACAGUGAGUCUCUGACUGAACAGAUAAGAAAUCUCCAAAACCAAUGGCAACAAAUUGUCAUUUUGACAUGGAUAAUACGCAGAAACCCUGAGUAAACCGAAACUCCAAAUGGACAGAAAUUCACCUCAUGUAACUAUUAACACUUAAUUAAUAUGGACCUAAUGUAGAAAUUGUAACAAGAUUAUAUUAUAAUACACACAUUGUUGAUAUUCAUAUAUGUAUAUGAGGUGGAAAUUUGUAAGUUAAUGCUUAGCUGCAGAACAAGGGAACCAACACCUGAACAAAAAAGGGUUUCCUCUCUUAAAAUCCAUUCUGUUUUUAUGGAUGGUCACCAGAUUUGCUUUUUUGUUUUUAUUUAUACAUGUUAACUACGGGCUUUUAAAAACUGUUUUGUUUUUUUUUUUUUAAUUUGGGGGUGGGGUCUGUCUUAUUUUACUAAACUUGGCUUUAGCUGUUUUGCACUGAAAAAUUUGAAGUAUUCCUUGCUCAGAAGAUGUUUGGUUUAAUAAUUGCCAUCCACCUUGAUAUGCCAAGGGAAUCUAAAUGAAAAGAGAUGCUAAUUUAAUAUGCAUAUUGGGAAAUAAAUAUAAUUUGCAUCAUG